CCUACCUUCAAGGCCUAGACCUCUGGGUUUAUCAACGGCUUGCCUACCUUCAAGGCCUAGACCUCUGGGUUUAUCAACGGCUUGCCUACCUUCAAGGCCUAGACAUCUGGGUUUAUCAACGGUUUGCCUACCUUCAAGGCCUAGACCUCUGGGUUUAUCAACGGCUUGCCUACCUUCAAGACCUAGACCUCUGGGUUUAUCAACGGUUCGCCUACCUUCAAUGCCUAGACCUCUGGGUUUAUCAACGGUUUGCCUACCUUCAAGGCCUAGACCAUUGGGUUUAUCAACGGUUUCCCUACCUUCAAGGCCUAAACCACUGUGGUUAUCAAUUGUUCGCCUACCUUCAUGGCCUGCUUAACCUCUUUAAAAAUCUACAAUGAGAAUUAAUCUGCAAUUCAGAUGGAAGUUGUUUGCAAUAACGGUAGGCAAUAUUCAAUUGCUAGAUAGGCUGCUGC